UAUUACAAGCCAAUGUGAAAAUUUAGUCGAAGCCAAAGUACCGUCAGGUUCUGGUUCAGGAUCAAGAUACUGGAAGAAAAAAAUCCCUGUAGUUGGGCUUCUUGUUCUGUUCCGUCAUCAUCAUAGUUUUGGACCGUACUUCUUUUUGAGCUGAGUCAGAUAGGGCGGCCGAUCCUAGUUUGACCCUCAUCCAAGCCGUCAUCCAGCAUGACUACUAUUGAAAGUGACUUUCAAAAGCUGAAUUUGAACGACCAAUCAGCAAAGGGAAAACAGAACAUGCUUCCAUCCAAGAGCAACAAAAUGGAGACAGAUCAACCUGGAGUGGAUACCCCUGACUCCUGUCCCAGCAAGCCAGCAUCAGUACCAGAUGUACUUAUGCCAGGACAUACUUUAAAGGGCAGCAUGGUUCAAGGAGUUCCUACUCAACAAAAUGAACUGCCCAAGACAGAUGACCAAAAAUGUCUUGAGAUGGAGACAUCAGAGGAUAGUGUGGAUGCAGUGCCUUCAAGCAAACCUAGAGCAAGGGUGUCGGCAAUGCCGCAAGCCAAUCUGCCUGUACCGCAGCAGGAAACUGGUGCUACAGCUGCUUCUGGUUCAGGUGCUGUUCCUAGAAGUGAACCCCAAACUCAGGAAAGUCAAGGAGCUCAAGAGUACGCUGCUCAACAAGCACCAGACCUUGAAGGAGAAAAAGAUUUGAUACUCUAUGAAUUAGCAGAUCAACUUGCUGGAAGCUGUGGCCUCAGGAAAUUAGCACUCCCACUACGAAUCAGGGAAAAUGAGGUUGCGCAAAUUGAAUUUGGCUCUCAAGGUUCAGUUGUAACGCAGUUUUACAAGGUUUUCCAGCUGUUCUCCUCAAGAGUGCCAGGUUCACAGUUGUUCAAACAGUUGCUGGAGGUACUGACUAGAGCUGAUCAGAGGUCUGCUGCAUCCUGGCUACGGAAUAGAAUUGGACAAAGUGAGCCAGAGCCAUUAUUGCAUGGUAGUGAGUCCAGUCCCAUCUCCGAUGCCAUACUCCAGACAGAGACAAGACAAGGAAACGUCAACAGUGAAUUCUACGAUGUCUUUCUCUUCCACACUGGCAAAAGCGAUGGCACAGAGAAAUUCCAGAGAAUGUGCGAGCGGCAUGGGUGGACUUUGAAAAGCUCCGACACCAUUCCAGCUGCUGCCCCUGUCCAUGCUGCCAUUGAGAAAAUUCUAAAUACCUCAACGCAUCUGGUCCUGAUAAUCACAGAGAGUGACUGCAUUAACUACAAAAAAGGAGAAAUGUGUAUGACAGUGGAGAUGGCUUUACAACUGGCUUACAAUGACAACAACUUGUUAGGAAGAGUCCUUCCCAUACGGUGUUGUAAUAAGAGGAGCUUACCCCUCCUUUUGCAGGCCUUGACCGGUGCACAUAUAGAUGACGAAAGCUUUGAGAAUCGGAUGAUUGCAACCAUCAAUACCAAAACAAGGGAAGCAAGGAUGAGAGAAAUGCAAGACUAAAUGAAUGUCUUACAUGGGCGCGUUGUGGUCUAGUGGUUCUGACUCUCGCAUUUCAAACAGGGUCGUGGGUUUGAAUCCUAACCAAGGCGUGUUUUCC